AUGCGUUUGCUGGCCCAAAACCACUCGACUGGGUCAACCGUUCAUCAGGCAAACGACGGGGCCUCCAAGUGCUGUUACUGUCAAACAAAUAACGAAACGAUUUGCUCAUUUGUUGAUAUUUGCAUUUCGCAAUGGUCUUUGGGGCAGAAGAAGUCUGCCGAUGCUCCCCAUAAGAAUGCAGAUCUCGAGUGUGCUGAAGAUUUCGCAAUGGACUCGGAGAUUUCUACGACCUCUCGGGGCUUGAACUCCACUCGAGGCAGCCACAUGAGUAUUCCCCGCUGGAAGGCGAUGAUGUAA